CUGCACCAGACCAAAUUGAGGGUAAAGACGACUCUGGAACUAAUAACAACCCAUCGUACAACCAGGGGCGGACUGAUCCAGGGGCGGACUGACAACUCAUGGGGCCCCCGGGCAAUAGGGGAUCAUGGGACCCCUGUGUCCUUGCCCAAACUCAAAAAAGCCUAUGAAAAAGGUACCAGGGGCAUCUCAUGGGGCCCCCUACUGACCCUGGGCCCUCAGGCAGUGCCCGAGUUUCCAAAUGGUCAGUCCGCCCCU